AUGUGCGGCGGCGCCAUCCUGUCGGACAUCAUCCCGCCGCCGCGGCGGGUCACGGCGGGCCACCUCUGGCCGGGGAGCAAGAAGCCGAGGAGGGCCGCCGGAGCCGGCAGGAGGAGGGCCAGGGCCCCCGUGGAGGAGGAGGAGGAGGACUUCGAGGCCGACUUCGAGGUGUUCGAGGUGGAGUCCGGCGAGUCGGAGCUCGAGUCCGAGGAUGAGGCCAAGCCCUUCGCCGCCCCCAGGAGCGGGCUCCCCAGAGAUGGAUUAUUAAACACUAGUGCAGCUGGUGUUGAUGGCCCUGCUGCAAAUUCAGUUAAAAGGAAGAGGAAGAACCAGUUUAGGGGUAUCCGCCGGCGCCCAUGGGGUAAAUGGGCUGCUGAGAUUAGAGAUCCUCGCAAAGGCGUUCGUGUCUGGCUUGGUACUUUCAACUCUCCCGAAGAAGCUGCUAGAGCUUAUGAUGCUGAGGCACGCAGGAUCCGUGGCAAGAAGGCUAAAGUCAACUUCCCAGAUGAUGUUUCGAUGAUUUCUCAGAAGCACCGAGCUGGGCCUACCUCUCUGAAAGUGCCUGAGAUGGACGUUGAAGAGAAGCCGAUUAUCAAGACGGCAGUCAACAACAUGAGCAACUCAAAUGCAUAUCACUACCCUGUUGUCGGCCACAACAUGCCUGAGCCAUUUAUGCAUACUCAAAACAUGUCAUUUGCUCCUUUGGUGAAUUCUGCCACCCCCGUUCAGGAACCUUUCGUGAACCUGUCUUCAGACCAAGGUAGCAACUCCUUCAGUAGCUCAGACUUCAGCCUCGAGAAUGACACCAGGACCCCUGACAUAACGUCGGUAGUGGUUGGUGAGUCUGCAUUCGUCCAGAACACCGAUCCUGCUGUGGUGCCUCCUAUGAUGGGGAAUGCUAGUGUUGAUCUCACAGAGUUGGACCCAUAUAUGAAUUUCCUGAUGGACAGUGGUUCAGAGGACUCAAUCAACACCCUUUUGAGCUGUGAUGGAUCCCAGGAUGUGGUUAGCAACAUGGACCUUUGGAGCUUUGAUGACAUGCCCAUGUCUGCUGGUUUCUACUGA